AUGAUGGUGCCCUAUACAGGGAAAAAAGCUGGUUAUCGCAAACAAUACGUUAAAAACAAGCCAAAAAAGUGGGGCUACAAGAUUUUUGUAAGAGCAGGAGUAUCUGGUUUUGUUUAUGACUUGAUUAUAUACGGCGGCGAAGAUACUUUCCGUUUAGCUAAUUUGUCACCGGUAGAAUCGUCUUUUGGGUUGGGUGCUAAAAUCGUAGUGGCUUUAUGUAAAACCAUACUGAACCCGGCUUAUAAUAUCAACAUACCGGAAUCUGUUUCUGAAUCGAAUACAGAGAAAGUUGAAGAAUCAGAGAAUUUAUUUACCGAAUAUGAAAGAUUCUGCAUUUCAACAAUAAUGAAAAUCAUUUACCUGUCGGAACUGGCCGAUACGCUGUGCAAGUAUGCUCUUCCUGCUGCCAGAGGGCGCCCGAGCACUAGCAGCCUAUCCAGUACAUCACAAGGGCCACCACCUAAAAUCCGAAGGGGUAAAGAGUGCCAAACAUUGCCUCCACUUGAAGUCAGAUUGGAUCAAAUGGAUCACAGCCAGAUAAGGACAGAAACCCGAGCUUACGCGAAAGAAGUCAUUGAUUUAAUUCGAGUCGAUAUCGAACAUGCCACCAAGGGUGGCUUCUGUGCAGAGCUUCAAGUCUGUACAGCAUUGAGGACAUGGGCGCGACAAGAAAUACAAGAUGAUGCUGCAGACAUUCACGGCAUGAGUCAGCAGUCUAUUACGAAUAUAUGCCGUAGAGUUGCCACCGCUCUAGCUAGGAAAGCAGCGCUAUUUAUUUACAUGCCACGAACUUUGGAAGAAGAGGAAGAAGUUAUAGCAGGAUUCCGAAGAAUAUGUGGCUUCAGAAAUGUGGUAGGUGCAAUAGAUUGCACACAUAUAAAAAUUAAAAAAAUUGGUGGGGAGAGCGCACAGUACUAUAUAAAUAGAAAAGGAUACUACUCACUAAACGUGCAAGUAGUUUGUGAUUCAAGACUGGUAAUUCGGGAUAUUGUUGCACAUUGGAGGGGCAGUACGCAUGAUUCCCGAAUUUUCAGAGAAAGCCGGAUUAAGCAAAGGUUUGAAAAUGGAGAAUUCCAUGGCCGUUUAUUGGGUGAUGCCGGGUAUGGCUUAACAAAUUAUUUGUUUACACCUGUACAAAAUCCUACUAACCCCAAGGAAGAGGCCUACAACAAGGCUCACAUACACACAAGAAACACGGUGGAAAGGUGUUUUGGUGUGUGGAAGCAAAGAUUCCGUUGUCUACUGCAUGGAUUUAGUGUGUCAUUAGAAAACGUGAAACUCUAUAAAGUAGCACUAGCUGUAUUACAUAAUAUUGCAAUCAAAAUGGGUGAAAACGUUGAUUUAAUAGAGUUAGGAAAUCCUUCUUUCAAUGAUCAACCUCAAGAUGCAAGGGGUCGAGGUGAUGCAAGAGGUGAGGCUGCGAGACAAUUAUUCAUCAACUCAUAUUUUUGA